AUUUCUCAUUUUGAUACGGCUUUGGAAAAAUUUAAAGAUUUUCGCAAAUAAUUUGACAAUUAAUUUAAAUACAAUAAUCAAAUCUGCGAAACCAACAAAAUAACAACAGCUAUAGCCAAUUAAUUCGCGAAAGAUUUUAAACAGCAAAAAUAUUUGAUUUCUAAUGCGAAUGACGUAGUGUUUGUUAAGAAUUUUCUCUAAAUGGAAAUCAAUUACAUACAAUUUGUUCAGAAUCUUUUUUGUAUUUUGUAACCACUAAAUAAAAACAAACAAAAAUUUAGUUUGCUAAAAAAUAACCUUAACAAUCGUGAGAUAAAAUAAAAACAAAAAGAUUGAACUUUUCCACAGCACAUAGAAUUUUAUUUUUAGAAGCAAUACGUCAGAACAGCACAAUAAAUCGUUUUGUUAAGGGGAAGACACCGGGUUAAACGCAGUAAUCUCCUUUUAGAUAUUUAUGGCAGUAAUUGUUUCGCGGCAUCUGUUGGUUUUGUCUCCAUAGUUCAGCAAAUCUUUAGACAUGUUGCCGAGAGGGGUAGAAUUUGUAAAAAUUUUACAUUCGAAGCAACGUAUUAUAAGUCAGCGGGCUGUGAGUCAAUUAUUCAAAAACCAUCAACUACUUCCGACUUGCCGGCAAAUUCUCGAAAAUAAUGUCGGUGAAAAAAUAAACAAAAAUGUUCUUGUUUUGCAGAGGCUUUACACUACUAAGGAUAAGAUAGUUGCAUCCCCACCUACACAAUCACCUACAUCAACCGUAAGAAGCGAUAUUCCUACCACGCAAACAAAAACAACCAAAAAAACAGCUACAGAGCCAAAAAAAUCGGUUAAGGAAGAUGAAAAUGCCGGCUUGGAUGAAGCUACUAAACCUGAUGGAGUAAAACAGACGAAAAAAUUUGAAGUUGAAACUUCAAAGGGUAUAUUAUCGAUAACCACGACAAUUGAGGAUUCGAAAAUCAAUGAUAUUGUAUUCCAAAAGACAAAGGGAGGUACGAAAAAGGCAAAAUCAACAACAAAACAGUCCACUAAGGAGCAAAGUGUUAGCAAGGCGACAAAAGCAAGUGCAUCAAAACUAGAUGUCUCAAUAUCGGAUGCGGUUAAACUGGCUCCUCAAACUGAGGCUGCCAGCAAAACCGUUAUCAUAGAUAUGGCAGAAACUCCAGCGGUGGCGAAUAUAGCCCCUGUGGCUUCUUUACCUUUACCAGAAGUCAAACCAAAACCAAAGCGCGUUAAAGUCGAUUUAAAUCGUUCAUCACUGGAGCGUAAUUUUAUUACACCUGCCCGGGCCAUGAGUGAUUUUUUACUUAAAGCUUCCGAUCUGGAAACAUUACCAAAAAUCAAACGUCGUUCGCCCUAUGAACAAGAACCACCCAUAACUGUAUAUUGGCGUAAAGAUGUAGAGGCUAAAGCAAUCAAUAUUUGGGGUUCAAAAGAGAAUCUAAUAAAAGAGUGUCUUAAGCGUGAAAUUGAGCGUAAAACUCAUCAACAAAAUAUUUUUACGGUUAAAAGAAGACUGCGUGAUUACAGAAGAGAAAUUGGCUCCAGAGCAGCUGUAUAUGAUGAUGAGCCAGGCCUAAGGGGAAAAUCUGGCAAAGUUGUUUUAAUAGCCAUUGCAAUCAAUGGUUUAAAUUUUCUAUUUAAAGUUGGUGGUUGGCUAUUCUCCGGUUCGCAUAGUAUGUUUGCCGAGUCUAUACACUCUUUGGCCGAUACAAUUAAUCAAUGUAUUUUGGCCUAUGGCAUACACAAAUCCACCCAAAUGGCUGACUCAGAUCAUCCUUAUGGUUACACAAACAUGAAAUAUGUUUCCUCUUUAAUUUCGGGUGUUGGCAUAUUUUGUGUGGGUACUGGCUUGUCUUUCUAUCAUGGUAUUACGGGUCUAAUGCAUCCUGAACCUAUGGAAAAUUUCUUUUGGGCAUUUUUCAUAUUGGGCGGUUCAUUAGUGUCAGAGGGUGCAACGCUCUUAGUGGCGGUGAAUGAAAUUAAAAGAUCGGCAAAAUUAAAGGGAAUAUCCUUUAAGGAUUAUGUGAUACAGGGCAAAGAUCCAUGUGUAAAUGUGGUUUUGACUGAAGAUGCUGCGGCUGUAACUAGUGUAGCUGUGGCGGCUGGUUGCAUGGGUCUAUCCACUAUAACGGGUUCGCCUAUUUAUGAUGCUGUUGGUUCCUUGUUAGUAGGCAGUAUUCUAGGAGCAGUAGCUUCAUUUAUUAUCUACACAAAUGUAGCUGCUUUAGUAGGACAAUCUAUACCAAGAGAACAAUUGGAUCGCAUUAAUGCUGAGCUAGAAAGUGAUGUUAUGAUAAGAGCCAUACACGAUGUUAAAGGCAUCGAUAUCGGCAAUUCCCUAGUACGCUAUAAGGCGGAAAUGGAUUUUGAUGGCCGUGAACUAACACGCUCGUAUUUGGACAAACAAGAUCUUAGCGAACUAUUAAAGGUAGUGAAAUCAUUCCAAAAUACUGAUGAAUUGGAACAAUUUUUAUUAAAUCAUGGCGAAAAUAUUGUUGAUUUAAUGGGUGGUGAAAUUGAUCGCAUUGAAAUGAAACUUAGGAAAAAAUUCCCUGAAAUACGCCACUGUGAUUUGGAAAUCCUUUAAGCUAUUUUCAUAUUCUAAAUUCCAAGAGGUCUAACUUUCCUUUAAUUAAGAAACGUGGGUUUCUAUUGCUUUAAGCUUAGAGUUAUUGUUGAUAAUUUUUCACGUUUUUAUGUUUUUUUUUUUUUUGUAGUAAAAGUUUUAAAUUAUUCUCUUUGAAAUCAACGUGCUUUUUAUUUAGUAUAACAUUUGAAUUUUUUGUAUUAAUACUCUUCCCAUUUUUAUAGAAAAAAGUUAUUAAAAUGUUUUAAUUGUAUUUCUGUAAA